AUGCUUGCUAUACAGACCCUGACGGAUGUUCAGCUUAUCCAUGACAAGGCUGAAGCGCUGUCCCUUGACUCCCUGAUACCAGCAGUUCGCAAGAGUCCCCAAGAGGAAGCGGAGGAGGAGGAAGAAGGGGGGUGGGAGGAGGAGGAGGCAGAGGUUGUCAGAGACACGUUGCUACAACCAAACCCAUGCACGCUAUACAAACUGCAGGAGAACGGAGAGCUGCUAGGCAUGAAGGAUAUCGUGGGAGGUUUCCGGGCGUUCGGGCAGCUGGUGAAGCUGGAGAGGGUCAGCCCCUUGAUCAGGAGAGUUGCUGUAGGACCAGCCACCAUCCAGAUCGCGGAGGCGCCAGCACAUGACAUCGGAGGGUCGAUCUGGCUGAGCAGCAUCGCUCUCUGUGGCUGGAUGGCAGCUGGGGGGAGGAAGGAGUUGUGCGGCAAGGUCGUCCUUGAGCUGGGAAGUGGGGUGGGGGUUGCUGGGGUCUUCGCUGCCUCCUGCUGCUCUCCAGCACGUGCAAUCCUCUCCGAUGGGACUCAGUCGCUGGUUGGCCUGUGCCAGUUCAACGUGGAGCUCAAUGGCUGCGCUGCCUCCUGCUACCGGCUGGACUGGGGGGGAGACGUGGUGCUCGGGGAGGAGGAGAAGGCAGAUGUGAUACUGGCAGCAGACUGCAUCUACCGUACCAACGCUGACGCCUUCCUGAGGGCGGUUCUUGACCAUCUGAAGCCGGGAGGAAGGCUGUUCCUUGUCAACCCGCCGGAGGAGAACAGGACGGGGAUCGACGAGUUCAUCUACAAGCUCUGGGAGCAUGGAGACUUGGAGUGGAAGAGGAUCAGAGUGGAGCAUGACGGGUAUGUCAAGUCAUUAUUAUUCAUUCAGUUCCAGCGAGAGGUCUUACCGUCUUCUUCCUCUAAUCUACAAGAGUGA